GUUGUUGUCAGUUGUUGUGUUGGUUUGUGUUUGUAGUUGUAAUCGUAUAAAAUAAUUUUUUUAAUUUAAGAAUAUAUAAAAUGAGUUCAGGAUUUAUUACAGAAAGUGAAGCUGCUGAAAUUAGAAAAAGAAGGCAGGAAGAAUGGGAAAAAGUAAGAAAAACUGACGAUCCGUUAGAACGUCCUGAAGAACCAUAUGAUCCUAGAAGUCUUUAUGAAAGAUUGCAAGAACAAAAACAGAAAAAGGAUUUAGAAUAUGAGGAGGCCCAUAAACUUAAAAAUAUGAUCAAGGGCUUGGAUGAUGAUGAAAUUGAAUUUCUUGAUAUGGUAGACAGAACAAAAUUAGAGGCUGACAGGAAAAAGGAAAUGGAAGAGGAAAGAGAACUAAAUGACUACAGAAAUCGUGUAGCAAUUUUACAUGAAAAAUCAAUAGAGGAAAGGCUCCAAGCAGAAAUAGUUGUAAAUAAACCUAAAACUCAAACCACUUCCAGAAGUUCACAGCAAAAACUAUUAAAAGGUGUCGUUAUUAAGAAAAAUGAUGGUUUGCUAAAAAGAAAGUUGAGUGAUGGUGAAAAUAAUAUUAAACCUAAUGAACCAGAAGCCAAACAAAUAAAACAAGAUAUUGAAGAAACUGACGAUAAUAAAAUUUCAAAUGGGAAUGCAGAUGUGAUGCCUAAAUCAGGAUUAAAAUGUGUAGCAAUUUUACCAGGUCUGGGAUUUUAUGAAGACUCUUCUUCAGAUGAAAAUAGCUCAGAUUCCGAAAUUGAAAUCAAUAUUUGCAAAAAAGUAGAUAUAUUGGGAAGAAAAAUUGAAAAAAAGGAAAAUGACGCAUAAAUAAUAGGUAUUUGAAUUAAUCGCACUUUUAUAAAUACCCUUCACACAAAAACAUGGAUGACCUGUUUCAUAGAUAUUGGUGAUGUAAAUAGAUGUUUAUAGUUAAAUUGUACUAUUCAUUUUAAUAAAAUGUUUGUUUUUUUGUA